CGGGGAUAGAAGGAUCAAAGAGGCUUUGAAUCGCGAAUUCGGUUAAAUUUCUGCCGUAUUCAAGGUCGUGGAAAGCCAGAGAGAAGAAGCUUGGCUGCCCUAAUUCCCUCAUCGAAAUGGCGCCUAUCACGAAACAGCGCCCGUCCGCGAAAGACGACGAUUUCGUCCUAACAUUAUCCGACGAUGAGAAUGACCGAUUUGACGAGCCCCAGGAUGAAGACGCUACUUCUAUGUCCUCAAGCAAAAAGCGCAAAAGGGAGGCUGGUGAGAAUGCUGCGCCGACAAACAAGAAGAUGAAGCAGCAGCAACAUGGAAAGCAACAAAAAGGGAAGAAGGGGAAGCAGGCGUCAAUGGAGAAGGAGGCUAGAUCCGAUGAUGAAGAGGAAGAAGAACAAGACGCGGGCGAGGACGACGGCGCGCUAGACUCAGAGUUUGAGUUUGAUGUUGGGGCUGUGGUGAACCAGGUUGUGGAGUUUGAUGGUUGGGGUGGAAAUGGGGAAGAUGGAGAGAAGAAGAACGGAAAUAAGAAGGCGGUUGAUAUUGACGAUAUCAUUGAGCGGAGAAGGGAAAAAAGGGAGAAAAAGGCCGAGAAGGAGAAGAAGAAGAAGCACUUGGAUGAGUGUGAAGACGAGAAGGAUGAGGACGAGGAUGAUGCCAUGUCUGUUGACUUCGGGGAUGAUGAGCUGCUUGCUAAAGAUGGGUUUGGGAUGGGUGCUGAUGGGGUAGAUGAAGAGGAGGAGGAAGAAGAAGAAGAAGAAGAAGAAGAAGAAACUGAAGGGAAUGAUGAGUCUGAUGACGAGGAUGAAGAGGAAGGGGAGGACGAUGAUGACGAUGCUGCAUCAGACAGUGAUUCUGUCGCUACACCCGUUCACCAUCCCGACGAUGAAGCCUCUGAGCCUGACUCAGACGCCGAGAGUGAAGUGGACGCAGAGGAAGAAGCCAAGCGCAAAGCGUUCUUUGCCCCGGAGGAAAAGACAGACGAAGACGCCGCGACGAACAGCGCAAAGCGCUCGUUUCAAGAAUUUAACCUCUCCCGUCCUAUUCUGCGUGGUUUGGCAGCCGUCAACUUUACAAAUCCCACUCCUAUCCAGCAAAAGACGAUUCCUGUGGCCUUGCUCGGAAAGGAUAUCGUCGGUAGUGCCGUGACCGGUUCAGGAAAGACGGCCGCCUUCGUGGUGCCCAUCCUCGAACGUCUGCUCUUCCGACCCCGAAAAGUGCCUACCAGCCGCGUUGCUAUUCUCAUGCCCACCCGUGAAUUGGCUGUGCAGUGCUACAAUGUCGCUACGAAACUUGCUACCUACACUGAUAUCACAUUCUGUCAGCUUGUCGGAGGUUUCAGUCUUCGCGAGCAAGAAAACGUUCUCAAGAAGCGGCCGGACGUGAUCAUUGCCACUCCCGGUCGUUUCAUCGACCACAUGCGCAACUCCGCAAGCUUCACCGUUGAUACGCUUGAGAUUUUAGUCCUUGAUGAAGCUGACCGUAUGUUGGAAGAUGGAUUCGCAGACGAGUUAAAUGAGAUUCUCACCACUAUUCCCAAAUCGCGUCAGACAAUGCUUUUCUCCGCGACCAUGACUGAUUCCGUUGACAAGCUUAUCCGCGUCGGACUGAACCGUCCGGUCCGGCUGAUGGUCGAUACGAAGAAGAACACCGCUGUGACUCUCGUUCAGGAGUUCGUGCGUCUACGACCCGGCCGUGAGGAUAAGCGACUGGGCUAUCUCCUCCAUCUGUGCAAGGAGGUCUACACAGGACGAGUGAUUGUUUUCUUCCGCCAAAAGAAAGAAGCGCAUCGGGUGCGCAUUGUAUUUGGACUCCUUGGGCUUAAAGCCGCAGAGCUUCACGGUAGCAUGAGCCAAGAACAGCGAAUCAAAAGCGUCGAGAGUUUCCGAGACGGAAAUGUGAACUUCCUUCUUGCCACAGAUCUCGCCUCUCGUGGUCUCGAUAUCAAAGGCGUCGAAACUGUCAUCAACUACGAAGCCCCGCAAAGCCACGAAAUUUACGUCCACCGUGUCGGUCGAACAGCGCGUGCCGGUCGUUCCGGUCGCGCCUGUACCAUCGCAGCUGAACCAGACCGCAAGGUUGUCAAGGCAGCUGUUAAGGCUGGUAAAGCACAAGGCGCCAAGAUUGUCAGCCGCGUAGUUGACCCGUCUGUCGCUGACGACUGGGCCUCCAAAGCGAAAGACAUGGAGGAGGAGAUUGACGCUGUGCUGGAAGAGGAGAAGCUGGAGAAGCAGCUUGCGCAGGCGGAGAUGCAGGUGACGAAGGGCGAGAACCUGAUUAAGCACGAGGCGGAGAUCAAGUCGAGGCCAAAGCGUACGUGGUUUGAGACAGAGAGAGAGAAGCGUGUUGCGAAGAAGAUCGGGGCCGCGGAGUUGAAUGGUCCCAGCAAAAAGGAGAAGGUUAAGCUGAGUAAUAAAGAUAAGAAGCGGUUGGAUGCUGCGAAGUUGAGGCAGGAGGAGGGAUUGGGGAGGAAGAAGAGUAAGGCGGAGCGUGAAGAUCCCAGGGCUGGCAAGGCGAAGCUGGGGAAGGGCAAAGGUAAAGGCAAAGGGAAGGGGAAGAAAUAAUCCAUUGUAUAGACUUCGUAAAUAGACAUGGCUGCUUGAUUAUACCGCCUUGUUUUGUUUCUUGUAAUUAAGCUAGGGCUCUGUCUGUGCAUUAAAGUGUCGGCCGCAGUCCGCCUAUCUCGUGCAGCUGGGCUACUCCAACAUCGACUUCAUAACUACC